AUGUCAAAUGUCGUCAAUGACCAACACAUAAUUGACGAAUACAUUGAUAGCUUCUUAAAUUCAUAUGUAGAAGAUACUAUUACUUUUGAUAUUUUAACAAGUAUUAACGUUGCAAUUACACAAGUUGUCUCAUCCUCUACUAAAAACACUAGAAAAAAACAAAAUCCUAACACUGAUAGGCGUCGUGAAGAAGGCCAUCUAAGAAUAUGGAAUGAUUACUUCUCUAAUAGUCCUAUAUAUUCAUAUGAUCAAUUUUGGCGAAGGUUUCGAAUGAGGAGGAGUUUGUUCCUUUGUAUUGUAAAUAAUCUAGAAGAUCAUUAUGAGUAUUUUAAACAAAGAUAUGAUGCUGUUGGUAGAAAAGGAUUAUCCCCUCUUCAAAAGUGCACUGCAGCAAUGAGAAUGUUGGCGUAUGGGGUUUCAGGCGAUGCUGUAGAUGAUUACGUGAGAAUUUCUGGAAACACGACAAUUGAGUGCCUUAAAAAAUUUUGUAUUGGUAUCAAUAAGAUAUUUGGAAAGCAUUAUUUGAGAAGCCCUACAACUGAUGACAUUCAUAACAUACUUGAGGAAUCGGAGCGUCGUGGUUUUCCGGGAUCUAACAAUGAUAUCAAUGUGUUGGAUCGCUCGCCAAUAUUUAAUAAUUUUCUUGAAGGAUGUGGUCCUGAAGUUCAAUUUACUUUAAAUAGAUCUGUAUACAAUAUGGGAUACUAUCUUGCAGAUGGGAUUUAUCCAGAAUGGCCAGUUUUUGUAAAAACCAUUCCUCGGGCAGAUUUGUUAUCAAAGAAGAGGAAGUUGUUUGCAAGACUUCAAGAAGGUGCAAGUAAGGAUAUCGAACGAGCAUUUGGGGUGUUACAAAAAAGAUUUGCAAUAGUUUCUAACCCAGCACGUCUUUGGGAUAAACAUGAGGUUGGAGAUGUCAUGCAUGCAAGCAUGCAUUAUAUUGCAUAA